GUUUGUAUUCUGUAACAUUUUAAUAAUCAAACUGAGUUCGUCGACAUUUUUGAUGUCCUAUUUUUUAAAUUCGCCUUCUUAAUAAUUCUCCAUUUCAGGAUAUUGUAAACGACAUUCAAACAUGCACGGACCCAAUUAUUGCAUCUAAAUGUUAACCUUUCAGUGAAAUAGAAAAUCUUAUACAUUGCUUGUAGAAAAGGAUAAAAAUGAGCGAUUUAUAUUUCGCAGUGGUGUGUUCUUCAAACAUGAACAGAAGCAUGGAAGCCCAUGCUUUUCUUGUAAAGAAAGGAUUUAAAGUAAAAUCGUUUGGAACUGGGGAGAAAGUGAAACUUCCUGGUACUUCGGCUGAUCGACCUAAUUGUUACGAAUUUGGAGUUCCAUAUGAUGAUAUCUACAAAGAUUUAAUGGAGAAAGAUAAAUCAUAUUACACACAAAAUGGACUUUUGCAUAUGCUUGACCGAAAUCGACGAAUUAAACCAAGCCCAGAGCGCUUUCAAGCAUCAAAUGAAAUUUUUGAUGUAAUCAUAACAUGCGAGGAAAGAGUUUAUGACCAAGUCAUUGAAUGGUUUGUUUCCAGAAAAUCUAUUUGUAACCAGCCUGUCCAUAUAGUAAAUAUUGAUAUUCAAGAUAAUCAUGAAGAAGCAACAAUAGGUGCCUUUCUUAUUAGUGAUAUGGUUACUAAAAUGUCCCAAAGUGAUGAUUUAGACAAUGAUAUUGACGAGCUGUUGCAUGAUUUCGAAGCAAAAUGCAAUAGACCUAUAUUAAAUAGCAUAAUGUUUUAUUAACUAUAUUGUACUUGCUGGUGCUGUCUGUUCACAAAGUAUGUAAUAAUACAAACAUAUUUACAACAUGUUCUGUAAAUAGUUUAAUAUUUAUUUCAUUAGUUAAUUCAGAACAGGGUUGUUUUAAAAUUUUCGUUUUUUACUUAAAAUUUGUGUAAAAAUGAUUUUAUUAUGACUUUAAUAUUUCCUAAAAUUAAAGAAUGUGAUACAAAAAUACAAGUGAAUUCCUGUAAGUAAUUCAAGGACAUUUUCUAUGUCUUCCCAAUAUUUUACAUUUUCAUAUGCAACGUCAAGAAAAAUG